ACAGAAACAGUUGCAACGAUAGUACUGAAAAGUUUGCAUUUAAUUGGGUUCUGUUGGGUUACUGUACAGUGUACUCCCUCCGCCAGUUUGUCUGUCGUAUACGAGUUUUGAGUAGUGACAUUGUCAUUGACUGCAAACAAUUCGCCAAAACGAACCGACUGCACUACGGUCAUCGGCCACACAACAAGCUCCAAACAACUCUUUACCUUCGACGACACCAACAGUGGCUCCACACUCACCACCACUAGUACCAUCACCAUAGUCUCUACAUUCACACAUCGUUACCACUAUUGCUAGAGCACUCGGGAACAACUCAAUUCACAGUGGCUAGCAUCACAGCGCCUUGAGUCGAAAACUUGGUCACUGCACGCCACAUUCGCAGUUUUGUGCUGUUCCGCUGCGGCCGGUCAUUUCGCAUUCACAUCCGCUUUACACGUUGAUCUAAUUUUUACUGGGCAAGUUCAAGUUGAACCCAUAGUCAAAAUCGAAUACGAGUACGUACGUAAUUGAUGUUGAUGUUGAUGUUGAUGUUGAUGUCGAUGUCGAUGUCCAUGUUGCUACUUGUUCUGCGCGCAAUGUAGUUCGUGUUGCCUGGCUUUGUUACUUCUGCGCUUUGGACAACUUGUAGCGUGGUGCAUUGGCAAUUAUAUGUGCCAAACACUCGAGAUUGUAAUUUUGCAUGCGCUUCUGUUCGAAUGUAGUGCUCUGUGCGAUCGGAAGUUAUCAAAAGAAAUUUCUAAUGUGCGACAUUAUUGAGGUUUUGCCGUCGGCAUUGUGAAACAAAUACUUUGACUCUACAUACAUGACAAUUAAAUCAAUAUUACGAUCGUUUAUUAACUUACAAGUGAAUUAUGUAAUCAUAGAUAUGCCGACAUUCCCAUAAUAAAAACAUAUCGCUUUGAAUCGCGAAGUGUCGUAGUAUAAAAUUUAACGAAACUAAAAAUAUUUAACCGAAAUAAAUACUUAAUAGUAACAUCACCAUUCAGUCAAUUUGUGUGUGGUGCUCGAAAAGUAUAAAAACAUACCGAAAUAUAUACAAUUAAUAAAUAAAUGCGGUACUAAUGAGUAUAGAACAAAGAAAAUUUGAAUGAGAAAUUAUUGAACGAAUAAUUCAAGGAUAACAAACCAUUUCGAUGGUAAUUCAAAAAAAAAAAACAACAUUUUUAGUGAAUGAAAUAUGUAAAUGCAGUAAUUAUAAAUAAUAAGAUUUACAUGUGUUUAAACUGUACUGUUGUGUGCAAACUUGAUCGUUUUAAAUAAUUAUAAAACGAUAAAUAUGCGAGCAGAAUAAAUUUGAGUGAAUAAAUUUUACUGGUGUAAAGUGCAGUUGUGAUUUGCAGAUAGAAAUAUUUACGUAUACACAUAAGUCCAAUGUACAUUUGCACAUAAAAACCAGUUUGGUUAAUAUUAAUAAUAAAAGUAAUUAAGAAUUGUGACGAAAGGCAGCCAUUGGAAGCUUUAUUGUAAUUGCUUUUAACAACUUCACUUUGAAAGCAAUAAAACAUUGUCAUUCUUGAUAUAUUGAACUAAAGUGUCCAUCACCAUUUCACUGUACGUUCCACCGCCAACUUCGCAACUGCACGCUUUUAACGCUCGCACAGCGAAUAGGCAUCGUAGCUGUUCUUUAAUGGUUUCUGAGGAUAAUUGGAAUAGUGACACAAUGUCCGAUUCGGACAUACACGAUUCAAAGGCCGACGCAUGUGGGGGUGCAUCUAGUAGCAGCGGCAGUUCUAUCUCACCUCGCACACCUCCGAAUUGCGCUAGGUGCCGUAAUCAUGGACUCAAGAUCACACUAAAAGGACACAAACGCUAUUGCAAAUUCCGUUAUUGUACAUGCGAAAAAUGUCGCUUAACAGCCGAUCGUCAACGCGUAAUGGCACUUCAGACCGCAUUGAGGCGUGCGCAGGCUCAAGAUGAGCAACGGGUUUUGCAGAUACACGAAGUGCCACCAGGUGUUCACGCACCAGCGGCAUUACUUAAUCACCAUCAUUUACAUCAUCACCAUCAUUUAAAUCCAAAUCAUCAUGCGACUGCAGCCGCUGCAGCAGCUGCUGCUGCUGCUCAUCAUCACAUAACGACAGCAAUACGAUCGCCACCACAUGCCGAACUUGGUAGCGGGGGUGGUGGUUUAGCCGGUGGUAUUGGUUCUGCCAUCACAUCUGUACCUGUGUCAGCUCCACCACCCGAACAUCACAUGACCACAGUGCCCACACCGGCUCAAUCGCUAGAGGGCUCAAGUGACACAUCUUCGCCAUCACCAUCCUCCACUUCGGGUGCCGCAUUGCCCAUUUCGGUAGUUGGUCGCAAGCCGUCUCUACAUCCAAAUGGUGUCCAUAUGCCACUAGCGCAAGAUGUGUUUUUAGAGCAUUGCCAGAAGCUAUUAGAGAAAUUUCGUUAUCCUUGGGAGAUGAUGCCGUUAAUGUAUGUGAUAUUAAAAGAUGCUGGAGCUGACAUUGAAGAGGCAUCAAGGCGUAUAGAAGAAGCAAAGCGAAUUGUGAAUCAGACUAUAUCGCUACAUUGGAUGGAUAGACAAUUGUACUACAACUACUACUCAUCCGCAGCACUAGUAAACACUGUUCCAACAUAUUUCCCAUAUCCGAUUGCGAUUGGAAGCAACGGUCUGUUAACAUCACAAUUUUCGCACUUAACAGCGUCCAUGCGACCGCCGUCGCCUGAACAACCAACUCUAAGUCGUACGCCACCCAGCCCAUCCAAACCAUCGCGGCCAGCGAGCAUCCUCAGCGAUACGAUGUCACCACCAGCGACCGCCACAAGUUUGACAUCAGCUGCCACAGCAACAGCAGCUACGUAACAGCAACAGCAGUCCAGUCGCUACAACCAGAACAGUCAAGCAACCGCUGCUGUUGUUGCAGCAGCAGCAGCGGCUGCUGUGCUCUUAGUCGAUGAUUAAACCAUUGAAACUGAUGCCAACUGACUUGUCGCUUGGAAAAUAUUAAUAAUUAUUGGAAAUUUAAUGGAGAAUUUGGGACAUAAGGAAUUAUUACAAAAAUUAAGAAAGAAAUUAAGGACAAUUAAUACGCGGUUAUCAGGAAGUUAAUUAACUUUCUUGUACUUACAUACAUACAUAUGUAAAAAAAAAAAUAUGUAUAAGUAGCUUUAUAUGAAUUCGAUUAAAAUGUACUGGAACUUGUUAAAGGAAAUAUGGAAAAGUCAACAUACAUAGAUCUCAAACAUCAAACAAAUUACAUAUAGUAUGCACAAAUAUAUUACUAAAA